UUAAAAGGGACCUGAGGAAGCUAGAGUUGGGUAAUUGUCUUCCAGCUGGUCCAGGUGAGAUCCUGCGGGAGGUUCUUGGAGGCGAAGCCUACAGGAGUGCGGGGGAUUCCUCUAAGACCGCAGUCCCCGGAGUCUCUGACACCAGCCCUCACGAGUCCUCUAACAAUUUGUCAAAAUUGCCAUUUACGUGUCCUCACUAGUGUAUGACUGAGCGGCCUCUGCUCCAGAAGUAUGGAACCGUGGGACAGGUUUCCCGAUCAACAGGAGGACACUGAUAGCUGCUCAGAAUCAGUGAAGUUUGAUGCCCGCUCCAUGACCGCCUUGCUUCCUCUGAGUCCUAAAAAUGGUUCUACCCUUCAAGAGAAACUGAAGUCUCUCAAAGCUGCACUGAUUGCCCUUUAUCUUCUUGUGUUUGUUGUUCUCAUGCCUAUCAUCGGGAUAAUGGCAGCACAGCUCCUGAAGUGGGAAAUGAAGAAUUGCACAGUUGGUUCAAUUAAUGCAAACGCUGUAUCUCAAAGUCUCACAGGAAAAGCAAAUGACAGUGAAGAAGCUAUGAGAUUUCAAGAAGUUGUUACGGAACAGAUGAACAACAUGGAGAAGAGAAUCCAAUUUCUUUCAGAUACAGAAGCCAAUCUCAUAGAUUCAGAGCUUUUCCAAAACUUUAGUCUGGUGACUGAUCAAAGAUUCAGUGAUGUUCUUCUCCAGCUGAGUACCUUGGUUUCCUCAGUUCAGGGACAUGGAAAUGCAGUAGAUGAAAUCUUCAAGUCAUUAAUCAUUCUGAAUACCACAUUGCUUGAUUUGCAGCUCAAUAUUCGAACACUGAAUGGCAAAGUCCAAGACAAUACAUUUAAACAGCAAGAGGACAUGAAUAGAUUAGAGGAACGUGUGUACAAUGCAUCGACAGAAAUUAUGUCUAUGAAAGAACAACAAGUGAAUUUGGAACAGGAAAUAAAAGGAGAAGUGAAACUACUGAAUAAUAUCACUAAUGAUCUCAGACUGAAAGAUUGGGAACACUCUCAGACGUUGAAAAAUAUCACUUUAAUUCAAGGUCCUCCUGGACCCCCAGGUGAAAAAGGAGAUAGAGGUCCUGCUGGAGAAAGAGGUCCACCAGGCUUUCCGGGUGUAAUAGGUCCUCCAGGUCCUAAAGGUGAUCGAGGAGACAUUGGUUUUCCCGGAAGGCCAGGAUUCCCCGGACCAGGGGGCAAGACCGGCAGGCCAGGAAAUCCUGGACCAAAAGGCCAGAAAGGGGAAAGAGGGAGUGGAAGCAUGAUAAGACCGGUACAACUCCCUGAUCAUAUUCGGGCAGGGCCCUUUUAAGAUCAGGCGGUUGGGCAAGACACCCUCUGCUACCACCUCAUUAAAAGGCCCUUCACUUCCGGACAAGGCAUCUGCACAACUGACUCCAAGAUCCCUUUGUGGCUCCUUCAAAUGACUCUGGUUCCUGUGUGGGACCCAGCCUCCACACGGCUUUCUCUCCGGGUCCUCUGUGCUGUCUGGGGGCUCUGUUCCAGGCUCAGACCUCUCCCCGCUCCAGGAGCCCGCCAUCACCACCGUCUGCUAGCACCCUCCCCCAGGAUGCCUCCCACAUCCUGACUCACAAGCUGCCCCUGCCACUUCUCAGAGCGAGACCAGAGCCCUCUGCCACCCACGCAUCUAAUGUCUUACUGAACCCUAGUUAAUCCACUGGGUUCUAGGAGACAUCUCCUGGCUAUUGAUCGUAUAUGUGUUCUUUACAUUCAAAAACAAUGUUCUCAACAAGUGAUAGGUAGGACGUUAAAGAAAACCCAUUCAUGCAUCAUUCAUUCAUUCACUUGUUCAUUCAUUCAGCAUAUGUUCAUUGCAUGUCUUCUGGAGCUGAACAUAACAGCUGAUAAGAUAACUAUUGUCUCUUGCCCUCAUAGAGCUCAUUGUCCCUGAAAGCCCUAGACAUGUGACCAGGCAAUUAUACAACACAGCAGAGCUAUGUUGGGGGAGGAAGAGGGCUCUACAGGUGUUCCCAGGAGAUCAAGAUUAUUAUAUUCUUUAAGAUACUAAAAAAUAGGGAUUUUUAUUUGCUUAGUUUACUUACCUGAUUAUUCUAAAAAUUGUAAAUGCCCCCUUUUUUAAUAAAUUUAUAGUGAGGUGAAGUGGAGCUUGAACAAUUCAUUCAGCUCCAAAAACCAAAAACCAAAACUUGUUUCCUUAAAUUUGCCUGGCUAUUUCAAGUAAAUAUUUUGAUCAUGAAAAAAUAAUGCUGAAAAUCUUCUACUCUAAAAAGCUCAUUGUAUUUUAUGCUUUAAGUAUCUAGUAUAGAUCCUGAAGACAAAGAAAUAUUUCCAUAGAACUGGAAAUAUUUUAUGUAGGUGAAGAAAGGGAUGAAGAAGAGAAAAGGGAAGGAAAAAGGAAGAAAAGACAGAGCAAAAUAAAGAUAGAAAAAAAUGGAGGCUACCGUGUUGGUUUUGAGGUUCUCUCCCUUUGUUACCAUCACAUUUUCACACCUCUCAUUUCCUUCAAGGCUUACAGAUGGUCCCAGGCAUCACGAUCUUGAGUUUCUGGUAGAGUUCUAAGCAGAGUGUCCGUGUGUCUCUGAGCCCUUCCGUUCCCUCUCCUGGAAAAUGGACAUCAUGACACCUACCUCACAGGGUUGUUGUGAGGAUCGCAUGAGGUACCGCGUGCGUGAAGAUGUCCUCUGUAAAAUCAUAAAGUGCAUUAAACACCUAAAAUCUGC